GAUGUUGUAACUUCACUAUAGCUCUUGUUUUUGAGUCAUUUUCAGGUUUUAUUGUUCUCAAAGCUUUUUUUUUUUAACGCCUCGAUUACAACCAGUUAGACCAUUUCUCCCUCUGCUCACAAAAAGGUCUAUAAGUUCUCUAAAAACAUUUCAUAGUCAUGCUUCAUAAAUCACGCAGUCCAUCUCCACUGUAGUAGAGUCUAGUCCUGGUUAACUGUUUCCUUCCUCUUUGCAACAAUGAUCAAAUACCAUUAAGCCAUAUCAGGCGACUCUUUAGCGCAGAAUUGGUUUGCUUGAACUUUAUUGCAUUGCUGAGUGCUGCAUUAGGAUACCAUGAAAAGCGCCAUCAUUGCUUUUGAGGAUCCAAAAAGCAAAUAGUUGAUAAUGUUCAGCUGUAGCUAAGCUCAGGGCCUUCCUACGCUUGGAUUAGGAGAAAUUGUAUACGUCUCAAAGUGUUGCGUAAAGUUCCAGGUGCGCUCUGGGGGAUGCGCGCUCCACGUCGUUUAAUUGAGUUCAGUCACGCUCUCCAACUUAAUUGACACACUAGGAGAGCUGUUGUUUAAUGGGGCGGACACUCACGACCGCCAGAGGCUAAUGGCCAGCAAACAUGGAGAGUACAGCGGGAGAGGCUGUUCGUUGUUGCUAAGGGCCCUUCGCGCGGUGACCGCCCCAAGGCGCGCAAAUUUGAGUUAAAUGAUGCAUUUCUGAAAGUGUAAUGGAUAGGUUUUCAGACGACAGACCCCCAAAAAUAAUAAAAUAAAAUAAAUGCAGUGGAAGACAUCGAGUUUCCAAGACGACUGUUUCUCCGUUCUCUUAUCUGAGAGGUCAAGCAAUGUUUGCGCUCAUAUGCAUCGAUUUAUUAGGCGCAGCGCGCAAACAGGAGACACAUCCAAAUGAAAUAUCGAUUGAAAACUAUGAAUGAAGAGCCAUGUAAAGUGGUGCGCAUGAUCAUUUUGUCUUUUCAUGACGAAGCAGAGUUUAAACUGUACAUUUGAGUCGAGACUCACGCAUGUGGGAGCCAUGCGGCUAAACGCAGCGUUAUUUACAGAGUGGCAUUGAUUUAUGCGCCGAAAGUCGUCCUGUUAAAUUUACCGAGGGACGAAAAGCCCACAAGCUGGAGAAUAUCCUAGUAACUCGGCGCCUUGGUCUGCCGUCCUGAGCAAAUAAUGAAACCAAUGGCCUGGGCGCCGCAGAGUCACAUGGUGACAGAGCGACACACCUGCAGGCAGCAGACGGGGCCUCGCAGUUGCGCCACAAGCAGGUAGAGCCGAAGGUCCACACGGACGCGCAGGUGCGCUGAAUGCCCCGCAGCUUCGGGUGUCCUCCAGCCAUGAACCGGGAAGAUCAUUACUACCCCUCUCAGGUGUUCAAAGACCCCUGCGCUUACCAGAGGUCGCAGUGUGAUGAGUACAGCCCACCGCCGUGCCUCUACAUGAGCAGGCAGGCCCAUUCCGUCUACACUCCACCAACACUGGGAGCCUUGGAGCAGGCCAGCUUACCUGACUCGGCACCGAUUUACGGUUUACCCAGCAUGCGGGAGGAUCCAGGUGUGCCUCAGCUCCACCACCAGCAGGAACUGCAGCAGCCACCGCUCCAAGCUCUGGGAUAUGGAGACACGGUGGAGCAGAGCGCGUAUCAGCUGCCUUUCCCCUGGAUGAAAACCACCAAAUCUCACUCACACACCUGGAAGGGACAGUGGGCAGGGCCAUACGUGAUGGCGGAAACCGAGGAGAACAAGCGCACCAGGACUGCGUACACGCGCGCACAGCUGCUGGAGCUCGAGAAGGAGUUUCUGUUCAACCGCUACAUCUCCAGGCCGCGGCGCGUCGAGCUGGCGCUGACCCUGAGCCUCACCGAGCGUCACAUCAAGAUCUGGUUUCAGAACCGGCGCAUGAAGUGGAAGAAGGAGGAGGACCGGAGGAGGGCGAGGGGAGGCGAUCCGGAUCAAGACUCCUCCAUCACCUCUGGAGACCAGGGAGAGACUGCAGGUGGAGUGUCCUCCACGAACGGAUCUCACACUUCCACACCCCCAGUUUCCCCGCUUCAUGGUUGCACUUUCUCGGCGUCUGUGACAAGAGAACCAGCAUAGACCUUUUCUGAAUAGUGAAACCUUCAGAGAACCACAAACCUCUCGAGUUACAACCUAGUGCAUAUGCCUUCGAUUUUUUGCUGGACCAAAGUUCCUGUUGGAGUCUGUCAUUUCUGGACUAAAGCAACAGCCACCUCUCCAUCAAGUUCGCAUGUUUUAAUUUACUUGGGACACCAGGGGGCAUCUGGAGACAGCAAACCGCCCUUUACGCGCAGCAGGGUUUACUCUGCAAACAAAGCGUCACAGUUUUCCACGCCACGACAAAAUAUCUUUAUAUUUUUUUUUAAAUAUAA